GAUUUCGGCAAGCUCUGGAAUCAUUCAGACUGCUGUGACAUCAAGAAGCACGAUGGAACUGCUCACGAAUGCACAAAUGUUGUUGGUAUUUGCCUGUUCGUUUCUGGUGUCCAUAUGGUUUCUACGCUGGCGAGCCUUUUAUCGUAGAUUACCUCCAACUCCGUGGUACAUCCCACUCCUGGGCAGUCCACAGCUGUACAGCUCUUCCAUGCAUCUACAGCUCACCAAGACAGGACAAAAAUAUGGCGGUAUAUACACGCUGCACAUGACCACCAGUCCACUGGUGGUUCUGAGUAGCUACUCGGCCAUCAAAGCCGCCUUAGUCAGACAAGCUGUAGAUUUCAGUGACAGGUUCACGUUUCCCUUCUCAUCGAAAGAACUGCGACUUGAAGGUAGCGUUUUGCUUUCGAAUGGCAUUCAGUGGUCGGCCCGUCGGCGUGUUGCAAUGACUGCUUUGCGAUCAUUCGGCGUAGGCACGCGCAGUUUGGAGAACCGUGUUAACGAGGAAGCCAGAUAUCUUUGCGACGCCACCGACCGAAACUGUGGAACACCGUUUGAUCCAAUACAUAUCGUCAAAAGUGCCGUCUCCAACAUUGUGUGCACCAUAAGCUACGGACAGCGAUACGAUUACAACGAUCCGGUUUUUAGGACUCUUUUGGUAAAUCUGGAUACAAUUUUCAGGGCAUCCGCGGUGAAAACGAUUCUUUUUGGGAUGCCCUUCUUAAAUUCACUUCCCCCAUUGAAUAAACUUAAAUAUGCUUAUAAAGCCUUGACAAAGUUCAAUGAGGAAAUGGUGCAGGCACAUCGAGCAACCUUUGACCCUGAUAACAUUCGAGACAUGAUUGAUGCAUUUAUUCUCGAAGGGGACAAGCACCAAGAGGAAGGUGACAAACUGAAAGAGGUUUUUCGUGAGGAUUUGAUUUGGAGAGCGAUCCACGACAUGUUUGCUGCUGGGACUGAUACCACAACUUACACAAUCCUGUGGCUCAUUCUUCUCAUGAUGGAGUACCCGGAUGUCCAAACGAAGGUGCAAAGUGAAGUCGACAACGUCAUCGGUCAGAGUCGCCCACCGUCGCUCACAGAUCGUGCACAAAUGCCGUAUACAGAGGCAACCCUCAUGGAGGUUCAGCGUUUCCGCACUGUCGCCCCCUACGUGCCUCCUCGGGCUGUCCCGAGAGAUGUUGAAAUUAUGGGCUAUUCAAUCCCCAAGGGGACCCAGGUAUGGGUGAAUCUUUGGGGAGCUCUGAAUGACCCGUCCCAUUGGUCUAACCCAGAAUGCUUUGACCCUUCGAGAUUUCUCUCCGAUGAUGGUGAACAUGUCAUCGUUCCAGAGGCCUACAUACCGUUUGGAGCAGGUCGCCGGGCGUGUUUGGGUGAAACUCUGGCCAAGAUGGAACUGUUCCUUUUCUGUACCAACUUCAUGCAAAGGUUCACUUUCAUCCGUAAUAGCACAACCCCUCUAGAUUUGAGCGGCAGAAUCGGUAUAACGUUUAUUCCGCGUUCUUAUGAGACUGUCGUUGUGAGACGAUGAUAACGGUUUUUUGGGAGAGAGUUCGUAUUAUUUACAGAAGUCUGGAUGUUGGGUCCAGUGCAGAAACAGGCAUGGGGAUCAGCGUAUUGCUGUUAAUUAUUAGCAGAAAUUACAAAGGGAGACGGUAUUCGUUUAAAGACUUCUGGAGAAAUUAUUGUGGAGGCCCGGUUUUUACGAGAAAUUCAGAAGAAACUCCAACCAUUUGUCUUCGGUCUGUUUUUAACAAUGCAACCCCUGCUCCAGUUCUUUCAAAUUUGGUUAGGGAAAAAAUAAGCGGCUCACUGAGUCAUGAAGAAGUUUAAAAAAGUUUUGAAGAAUAUAAAAAAAUGGUUAUGAUGGUUUCACGUUUGAAUGUUAUACAUUUUAUCUCUGACUUAUGGUUUCUUCUACGGUCUGUGAAUUUCGGGUACGAUACUGGUAGUCUCUUAAUUACCAACAGCUCGGCGUUAUUACCUUACUUCCAAAAGGGGAUAAACCCCGUCAGUUAUUAAAGAACUGGAGACCAAUUUCGUUAGAGAAACUAAAAAAAAAACUGCGUCUCCCCAAUUAUCCAUGAAAAUCAAGUUUUUUUUGCAGGGACGCUUUAUCGGGGAGAAUAUUCGCUUGAUAUAUGAUUUGCUUAAUUAUACGGACAACAAUAAUAUUCGUGGUGUCUUUUGUUCAUUGAAUUGGAGAAGGCGUCUUAGUAAGCUUCACAAAUUUAUUAGUGAAGUCUUGGAUCUCUUUAAUUUUGGACCCUCUAUUCUGGAAUGGAUUCAAGUUCUUGACAGUGGGGUGCAACCGCCUUGGUGUUAGUAAACAGAAUCGUUUAAGAUACAGCAGGGUCAAGGGGGCGGUUUAAGCCCUUAUUUGUUUCGUUUGAAAUUAUAGGUAUGUUCGUUCGUAAUGACAACAUUCUUAAGGGCGUUUCAGUCGAGGAUAAAGAGGACAGGCUUUCUCAGAACACCGAUGAUACAGUGUUCUUCUUAAAUGGCACAGAGCAGUCCUUCGAGAGAAAGCUUUUAAGAUUUUGGGUGAUUUCGGCAUGCAUCAUUUCUGGCCUCAGAGUGAACAUUGAACAAAAUAAUUCUGUGUGGAUUGGUGGUAAAAGGGACAUCAGAAACACCUCUGUGGGUAUAUCCAUGUUCAUUGGGUUCGACCUGAAGGUAGUUUUAGAGCCCUGAGUAUUGAUUUUACUGUCAAUAUCAUUAACUUACAUGACGAUCAUGGAUUAUAACAGAGUGUUUGAAGCCAUUGUUACUUAAAUUUGUCAUUGGUCUGAGAGAAAUUUAACGGUUCUUGGUCCAGUCAUAAUUGUUAAAUCACUUAUCUUAUCCAAAUUUACUUUAUAAGGCGUUGUCUCUUGCAGAUCCACCCAGACAUUAUUUAAAUUAAAAAAAAAGAAUUUAAAUGCUAUGCUGUAUAAACUUGUCUGGAGGGGUGGACAGAGUUGCUCAGAAAUCAGAAAAUAAACUUAUUAACUUAUUUGGAGGGGUGGACAGAGUUGCUAGGAAUCAGAUAUGAUUCAAGAUUAUAAACAUGACGGUGUCCGGGUGGUUGGUUUAAGUUUAUACAUUGAAGCUCUUAAGUGUACGUGGCAUGCGUAGACUCCUUAAUAGCAUCAUUUCUAGCUGUUUUUUUUUUUUUUGCAGGAUUAGUGAUAUUCCGAAUGUGCUGUUUAUUGAAGGUGGACAUUUUAGCAUCACUUAUUUUCUUCAGCAUGUAAAGUAUCCAAAUCAGUUUUGGGUUGACUUUUGAAAGCCUUGGGUCAUUUGUUAAGUGUCCCUUCGUAAUGGCAGAAUGCGCUUGAAAACGUUUUGUGGUACAACCAUGGAAUUACAAUUGGCAAUAAAUGUAUUUUUUAUAAACACUGGGCUAAAAAAAAUUCGUAAGUGACCUGCUCGAUAGGGAAGGUUACGUUUUAAACCGAGAUGACUUUAUGCUAAAAUUUGACAUCAGGACUAAUUUCUUGGAAUACGGCAGAGUUACUUUUAGAAAGUCUCUUCGUAGCACAUUGUAACGGCUUAACAUAUACGUUUCCCCUAUAUAUUCCUUUUAAUUUGCAGUACCCUAUGCUGGAUAAAAAGGGCUCUACUUGUCUGUAUUAUAUCAUAUUCCUACCUCUGCUAGGUCGUUCAUAGGUUUAUUGAUAGAUGAGAAAGGAAGCUGGCUUGUAAUCUUCCUCUCACUGAAUGGUUGAAGUUAUGCAGUUGGCUCUUUCAGUUAACAUGUGAUACUUGCGGUGGUUACAAUAUAAACUUACAGAGUCUUGGCUGAUUUAUUUUCUUUUUAAUUCGUAAACGAGAUAAUGACUUUUGUAUUUUGGUCAAGCUGAAAGUGAAACCUUGAUGCAUCUCUUUUAUACUUUUACUGUUUACUUUUAUUGUUUAAAGACGAUUUAAAAAGACAUUAUGCUUUAGAAAGAUUUACUUUUACCUCUAGCGGAAAUUCUGCUAAACUCAGUAUUAAAUGGCGUCUUUUUUCUUUGCUGUGUAAUUGAUUAAUGUCUAAUGUGAAUUUGACUGUGUAUUGACUUCUCUUAUUUUUUUAAUCCAAUGAAAUACACAAAAGAAACUUGAAUAAAAGGCCCUGGGUGUGGAAA